GUUAACAUUAAGCGCCGCCCCAACCAUUUAUAUUUGUUGAAAUCUUUUUACCACAUACACUUUUCUUUUUCCGAAACCCUCUUCAUACCAACAACUUCUUUUCUCUCUCUAACGAUAUAUAUAGUAAGAAGGAAAAUUGGGGUUGGGUUGGUUUCGAUGGAGAAUUAUAGCAUGUUGUUCCCUUGUCCCAAUUCUUCCAGCUACCCCAUUUCAAAGAGUGGUGUGGGAACAUCUCAGCAUGGUUUUGGUGGUCAAAGCUCCAAUGCAUUUCUAGGUCUAAGGCCUAGUAAUGAGAGUAGUGGUAGUGAUCAUGAAAAGAGAGGAGAAGGUGGUAGAGAUGCUGCCGUGUUAAUGUCUCAGAUCACUGCUGGCAUUAAUGUGAGUGAUGAGUUAGGUGGUUUGGGAAAUGGUAAUAGUAAUGGAAAAAAGAAAGGGGAGAAAAAGGUUCGAAAGCCUAGAUAUGCUUUCCAAACCAGGAGCCAGGUUGAUAUUCUUGAUGAUGGCUAUAGGUGGAGGAAGUAUGGCCAAAAAGCUGUCAAAAACAACAAGUUUCCGAGGAGUUACUACAGGUGCACGCAUCAAGGGUGCAAUGUGAAGAAGCAAGUCCAACGCCUAACGAAAGACGAAGGGGUAGUGGUGACUACUUAUGAAGGAGUCCACACUCACCCAAUUGAGAAGACAACAGAUAACUUUGAACACAUUUUGAGUCAGAUGCAAAUAUACACUCCCUUUUGAAGCUUCUUUUCCACCACCACUGGCAGAUUUAUGUCUUCUUCUGCCAAUUACGUCAAUGGGAACUGUUAUACUACUUUAGUUCCCCUUUUGAUACAAAAAUAAGAUUAUUGUCCAUACAACUAUCAUCUAGUUUGCUUAAACUCUUCUUAGACAAUCUUCUUUCUUUCUUUCUUUACAUUUUUUGGGUGUUCUGGUUCAAAGUUUUAUCAUGACAGUACAACUAGGUUAUGUAAAUUCAGCUCUCAUUGCAGCUGAAAAUAUAUACAGGCGAAUAUCCUUUAUUCCUUUA